ACACGUUCGGUCAAGUUUGAGUGAACUGGCAGUUUGAUGCGGAGUUUCUGCUUUAGGUUUUGGUCGCGCUCCUCGCUUUUUUUUUUACAUACAUAUAUUCUCCUCUUGCUCAAUGUUGGUUGCUCUCCGGUUCUCCUGUGGGCUCCUCUGCAUUCUGGAUAAGGCUCGGUGAGGUGCGUGCAGUGGUGCUCCGUUGUGUGUCGCAGUCGUGCGGAGCCCUGCGAAUCGGAUUGGGUGCUGCCGCCGGUGAUCGUUCGUCUGCCCGAAAAGACUUCUACAUGCAUACACCUCCACAGGACCCACGGACAUAAGCUAUGGCUAUCGCUCGGAGAUUUACAUAACCAGGUUGUCUUUAGACGGACGUUCAAAGUAGCAGGACGCACCACGUGGAGCUCUCCCGGUGUGCCAAGGAAGGACCCCCGCUCAUCCGAACGACCCUGUUAGCGCCACACGGAGACCUCGCCGGCGGAUGCUGCCCCGACCGCUUCGGCAGGUGGCCCGAGGAGAGAGGUGGUAGCGGGCCCCAGGUGCAGUCGCCGUCAUGUGGCUGCUUCCGAGGCGGCGCGGCCUUGUAGUCAAGGUCCUGCUGGUCGUGCCAGUCACCUGGCUUGUCAUCACACUCCUGCUGACCUACACGGACAGGGUCCAGACACCUCAAAGUAGGGUGGCAUUUGAACCAGGUGCUGUCCAACAACACCAGGGUCAGCAGUUACAGCAGCAGCAACAGCAGCAGCAGCAACCACCGCCAAAGCAACAGCAAGACCAGCAACACAGGCCUCAGCCUCAGGGUGACGAGUCUGCAAAAGAGAGCCAGGAUCUCCUGCCUGAGAAACAAGGUGCUCAUGAAGACGAGCAUGUAGUGCCCCUGGCACGUAAACGUGCCAACCGGGAAAAGGCGCUCUCUAAUGAGGAACAGAAAAAUGAAGUGGACCAUGCUCCAGCGCCUGUGGGAGUGCUGGCCCCACCUCAGAACCCUGAUGGCCCUGGCGAAAUGGGUCGGCCUGUCGUGCUGAAGGACCUGACCAAGGAACAAGAAGCAAAAGUCAAGUUGGGCUGGGACCGCAAUGCCUUCAACCAGUACAUUAGUGACAUGAUCUCUCUUCAUCGGUCUCUGCCAGAUGUUCGAGACAGCGAGUGCAAGGAUGAACGCUACCUUAAAAACCUUCCCUCAACAAGUGUGAUUGUAUGCUUCCACAAUGAGGCCUGGAGUGUACUGCUGAGGACUGUACACAGCAUCAUUGACCGGUCACCCCCAAAGCUUCUACACGAGAUCAUCCUGGUGGACGACUAUUCAGACAUGCCGCACCUGAAGCAAAAGCUGGAGGACUACGUUGCUCACUUCCCAAAAGUCAAAAUAGUGCGUGCUCAGAAGCGGGAAGGUCUAAUUCGGGCUCGGCUCCUGGGUGCUGCUGCGGCCACAGCUCCCGUGCUUACCUACUUGGACUCUCAUUGCGAGUGCACUGAAGGCUGGUUGGAGCCCCUGCUGGACAGGAUAGCUCGGAACUCUACCACUGUUGUCUGCCCUGUGAUUGAUGUGAUCAGCGACAGCACGUUCGAGUAUCACUACAGGGACUCUGGAGGUGUGAACGUUGGGGGCUUUGACUGGAACCUGCAGUUCAGUUGGCAUGCUGUUCCUGAGCGAGAACGUCAGCGCAGGAACCACUCUUGGGAUCCUGUCUGGUCUCCAACUAUGGCUGGAGGUCUGUUCUCCAUAGAUAAAGCUUUCUUUGAGAAGUUGGGAACUUACGACAGUGGCUUCGACAUCUGGGGUGGAGAAAAUCUGGAGCUGUCCUUCAAGACAUGGAUGUGCGGAGGAACAUUGGAAAUUGUACCGUGCUCACAUGUGGGCCACAUCUUCCGCAAGCGUAGUCCCUACAAGUGGCGAUCAGGUGUCAAUGUACUGCGGCGGAACUCCGUGCGCUUGGCAGAAGUCUGGCUUGAUGAAUACAAGCAGUACUACUACCAGCGUAUUGGUGAUGACCUGGGUGACUUUGGUGACGUAAGCGCCAGGAAGCAGCUUAGGGACAACCUCAAGUGCCGCUCAUUUGACUGGUACGUGCGCACCAUCUACCCGGAGCUCUUUGUACCUGGAGAUGCAGUUGCCUCUGGAGAGGUUCGCAACAAAGGACAGGGUGGCAGCAGCUGCCUGGACAGUCCUUCGGGUCGGGAUAACAUGCACAAGCCUGUCGGCAUGUACCCAUGCCAUGGACAGGGAGGCAACCAGUACUGGAUGCUCAGCAAGGAGGGUGAGAUCCGGAGAGAUGAGGCAUGCCUUGACUAUGCUGGGUCUGAUGUUAUUCUCUACCCAUGCCAUGGAUCCAAGGGUAACCAGCUCUGGAUCUAUGAUGAUGCGAGUGGCACAGUUCAGCAUGGUAGCAGUCGGAAGUGCCUGGAGAUGUCAGAGGACCGCCAAAAAGUCAGCAUGGAGAUCUGCUCUGGGAGUCUCAGGCAGAGCUGGAUCUUCCAGAACUACAACAAGACCAAGGCCAUCAAGAUUCCCAGUCGGGGCCACUAGGUUGCCGUGAACAACCCAGCUGCUGCUGCAACGGAUUUCUCACUUGACAGGACCUCAUAAUAUCCGUGCAUGAAGUGAAAGUCAAGACAAACAUAAGAAACAAAACAAAAAAGGGAAUGUGGACAAUUUAUAGGUGCGUGCUAGCAGUGAACUGACGGUGUCUCAAUUGUGAGUGCAUCAGCUCAUCGGUCACAUCACCUCGGCCAGACCUCGGGAGGGUGCCCCGGCUGCCUUUCCAUUCAUCUGCCUCCUCAGCUCAGUUACAGCUGAAUUCAAGGCUGCUAUCUCGUGCGCGUUUGAAAAGCCGACGCUCAGUUUCACCUCUCGUGGUUGGCCUAUAUUGGCCUAGGCCGCAAUAUCGGCGCGGCCUAGCACGAUUGUGUGCGACGAAACUGAACGGCGGCUUUUCGAAUGCGUGCAAAAUAGUGGCCCAGGCCUUCAGUUGCAGUGGACUCGUGCUUUGAUGUUUGCUUUGUUGCUGGAUCAGCUGUCAUUUCGAUAUCAUCGCAAGGUUCCUGCCAACAGAGGCAAAGGAAAAUUCUGGUGGCCACCGAGUUUAUAAGGAUGUCAUUUGGUAUGCACUACAGGCCUCCAUCCUCUACGGUUGGCAGAUUGAGAGAAGAUUUUGCCGAGCACCCUUACGAAGUGCCAAGAAUCAAAAAUGUUGGAAGUUCGAGGUGCUUCCCAACUGACUGGCUGCAAGCUUUCGCCAACAGUGCCUCAUCUGUGAAUUUUUUCAUCCAUGUUUUGAUGAGUGCUGAGUGUUAUUUUUGCUGAGUGGUUUUUUUAUUAUUAUUAUUCAAUCGACUUUUUGUGUCAUUGUUGCUGCUGUUAUUGUUUGCACGGAUGCCCUUGCAAACUGCAAAGACUGAAGCACAUUGUUAUUGGCAAGGCAUCCCGCAAAGACUGUGUAACAAAUUUACCACUUCGUUGGUGUAUUUUUGCAAAAAAAAUAUAUAUAUUACUAUGUGCAGUGGGCUGCCAGCAGCUUAGCUGUGCACUGCAAGUGGCCCUCUGGUUUCAGCACACAUACACACACAAAUGAAAAGCACAUGUUUUUUUACCACGUGAGCCAUUUGCAAGUUGUGCUGCCAGAGUUUAUAGCCAUAAGUAUUUUUCUUUAAAUUACUGCACAUGAACUGCUUGCUUUUGGUUUUCGUCCCACUAAAAUGGCCGGAAAACCUAGAGAGAGAGGUUAUUCCAUCAGGGUGUUUGGGGAGAGAACGUUUCUGUGGGUUUUUAUAUGUAGAGUUCUUGGAGGUGCUCCUCUAGGCUUUUUGUUUUUGUUUUUUCUUGAAGGUGGUGUGGGUUCUGGGAGAUCGCUUUCGUCUACUCUUUAAGAUUAAAUAUAGCAGCUGCUGUGUCGCAUGUGCUUUGGUUCUCUUCUGUUAAAAUUUGUAGCAUUCCAUCUUUUCUAGUCAGUUUGUGCAUUCCAGUUUUUUCUGUUUUCCUUUUUGGCCCUGCAUACAUCUGUGUACAAAGCGGUGACUGAAAUUUAAGGGAAAGGACUUAUGUGUGUGUUUACCUUGCACUCAAAGAUUUGAGAAUUGUGCCUUAUCAAAAGUAAUGUUUGCAACAAACAAGUUUUUUUAAUGAAUAAAAUUCUGUUCAAACAUUCA